CCGGCCCUGACCUCGGGUCAUCACCUCCAAUGGCGUCUAUGGCUGCCGCCUUCAUCAAACCUUCAAAUCCCAUCUCCCAAUCUCCAAUAACCUUCACCAAAACCUUCACCCCACCGAUUAAACUCCCAAUUCCUCUCAUAAAAACCAGCCGCCACCAUCGGAUCCGGGUCUCCGGCGGGUUGAUCGACCCGGACGGGGGAAAACUUGUGGAGCUUAUUGUGGAGGAAUCCAUGAGGGCUUCGAAGAAUCGGGAGGCUCUGAGUCUGCCUCGAAUCAAGCUCUCGCGAAUCGAUCUGCAAUGGGUUCACGUUCUGAGUGAGGGCUGGGCUAGCCCUCUCACCGGAUUCAUGAGAGAAUCCGAGUUCCUCCAAACGCUUCAUUUCAAUUCGCUCCGUGUGAAUGGAUUGGUUGUUAACAUGUCGGUGCCGAUCGUUUUGGCCAUUGAUGAUGACCUCAAGAAUCGAAUCGCCGCCUCCUCUAAGGUUGCGCUCUUUGGCUCUGAUGAUCGCCCAGUUGCAAUUCUCAAAAAUAUUGAGAUUUACAAGCACCCCAAGGAAGAAAGGAUUGCAAGAACAUGGGGAACAACAGCUUCAGGGCUGCCUUAUGUUGAUGAGGCUAUUAAGAAUGCUGGAAACUGGCUGAUAGGAGGUGAUCUAGAGGUCAUAGAACCAAUCAAGUACCACGAUGGCCUUGAUCGUUUUCGAUUAUCACCUGCACAACUUCGCAACGAGUUCACCAGCCGCAAUGCCGACGCAGUGUUUGCUUUCCAGCUACGCAAUCCAGUGCAUAACGGUCAUGCUCUGCUCAUGACCGAUACUCGUCGUCGCCUUCUUAAUAUGGGCUACAACAACCCCAUCCUCUUGCUUAAUCCACUGGGUGGCUACACCAAGGCUGAUGAUGUUCCUCUUCACUGGAGGAUCAAACAACAUCAAAAGGUUCUUGAGGGUGGCGUUCUUGAUCCCAAGACAACCGUCAUCUCCAUUUUCCCUUCGCCGAUGCACUAUGCCGGUCCAACCGAGGUGCAGUGGCACGCAAAGGCAAGGAUUAAUGCAGGGGCUAACUUUUACAUUGUUGGUCGAGAUCCUGCAGGCAUGGGCCAUCCAACUGAGAAAAGGGAUCUAUAUGAUGCUGACCAUGGGAAGAAAGUAUUGAGCCUGGCACCUGGUUUAGAGCGCUUAAACAUCCUUCCUUUCAAGGUUGCUGCAUAUGACAAAACUCAAGGUAAAAUGGCCUUUUUUGAUCCCUCAAGACCUCAGGAUUUUCUUUUCAUAUCAGGCACCAAGAUGCGAAAUCUUGCAAGGAAUAAGGAGAACCCUCCAGAUGGAUUUAUGUGUCCCGGUGGCUGGAACGUAUUGGUCGAAUACUACGAAAGUUUGGUUCCAGCAGACAAUGGGAGGAUCCCCAAACCUGAAGCUGUAGCAGCUUAAAUCUUAUACAUCAUAGAAAUGGAUUUCAACCAAAACACUUUAUCUCUUGUUUGUAAUAUAAAAUUGACAUUCUGUCAAGUGUCUUGAGCUGAAUAAAGUCAUUUAAGGAAGUGGCUUACCCCUGUAACAUGUGUGCAUAUGGAAAAGUUGUAACAUAUAAAUGUGUGAUGCUUUUCUUGAAGUUGGUUAGUGGAUUUUCAUUUUUAUGUAAUAUAACUGUGGGACUAUAAUUUUUACUUAAUGAAGUGAAUCAUUAGCUUGGUAAAG